ACAGGAAAGGGAGUCACUCACCACUCGCGCCCGCCUCUUGCACCAAGGCGUUAGGAAAUUCACACCCACUUUCGCUUAUAAGUCUGCUGAACGGGUUAGUAGCUCAGUCUGGAGACUUUAUUGUUUUAUUUUUUAUUUUUUUUGUACAUCAGAUUCGCUAACUGCCAUGUUGUGCGGAGGAACCUCAGCAGCGAAGACGGCGGACGCGGAAGUGCAGAAGAUUUGCGAUGAGGUGAAGCCACAGGUUGAAAGCCAAACUAAUCGGACUUUUCACAUAUUUAAAGCUGUUCAGUAUAAAUCGCAAGUGGUGGCUGGAACCAACUACUUUAUUAAGGUUCAUGUUGGAGGAGUGGAGUAUAUACACUUGAGAAUCUUCCGGAGCCUUCCCGUACAUGGAAAUGAGCUGAAGGUCCAUGGUGUCCAGUCACCCAAAGGAGAACAAGAUGAAAUUGACUAUUUCUAAUUUUUUGCAUUACAAAAUAAAUUUUCAUUUCUUAAGAGAAUGACAAAAAUUUAAAUAAAUGGUUUUGCAAAUA